CGACGCUAGGGGGCAAAUUUGCCCUUGGCUACGAGCAGCUCGUCAACUCGCAGCCAAACGGCAGUGCCACGCCCGGCACAGUCGCACGACUCGCCAUUCCUGCCGGUGCGUCGCUUAGAACGCAAUCUAAAGCUGCACUCGCUGCAAAAGCUAGGUUGCAGCUCGGCACCGCAGAGCAAAACUGGCGCGGCUCGCCGGUCUUGCGAGCGUCGCCGCCGCCGCCGCGGCCAUGUCCACCGCGCCGGUCUGGGACGCGAAGAACGGCGUCUACGUCGGCAACCGCGCGGCCGGGUCCGACGACGUGCCGUCGCCGCUCUGGAUCUUCGGCUACGGGUCCCUGUGCUGGAAGACGGAGUUCCCGCACGUCGAAAAAUGCACGGGCCGCGUCCGGGGCCUGACGCGCUACUUCGCGCAGCGGUCGCAGGACCACCGGGGCACGCCGGCCGCGCCGGGCCUCGUGGCCACGGUCGUGCGCGACGAGGACCUGGUGAAGCUCGCAUUACAAGACGAGGGCUACACCGGUUCGUGUGUGGGCACGGCUUAUAGGGUUGCGGACGCGGACGCGCGGCAGGUGUUGGACGACCUCGACUUCCGAGAAAAGGGCGGGUAUACGAGGGAGGUCGUAAGUGUCGUUCACGCGGGCGGCACGCUCGACGCCUUGUUAUAUCGCGGCACGGUGGACAACCCGAACUUCGACGCGAGCGCGAUCAAAGAUCUGGACGCGGCCGCUCUUACAAUAAAAGACGCCGUGGGCCCGUCGGGGCCGAACCGCGACUACCUCCUCAACCUCGCGACCUGGCUUAGCGAAGUGGGAGAAGAGGACGCGCACGUCGCGGCCCUAGUCGAUCGGAUAAGUUAGAG